UAAAACAGUGUUUGUUUGUUCAGUCACUUCAGUCUCUCUGAGGAUGAGGAUGAAGAUCUACAGCUGCCUGUUAGUCUUUGUUCUGUGCUGUAAUGGGAGCUCAGAGAAAAAGCAUAAAAUAAUCAGGCUGAAGGACUCCGUCACUCUGCCAUGUCCUCACCCUGUGGAGGGUAAAGUGACGUGGAGCAGAGAGAGAAACGGAAACAGAGUUGACAUACUUACAGUUGAUGGUGACGGAGACAUAAGACACAUUCAUGACCCACUGAAACGAUACAGUUCAUCAGUAGAUAAGUCACUUCACAUUAGCAACGUUACUGUCUCAGACACUGGAACAUACUUCUGUAAUAAUGAAGCAGCUGUGGAGCUGACGGUGAUCCAAGAUCUUAAGACAACAAUACUUUCUACUCCGGCUGCAACUUCAACUGCACCAUCCACACCAAUAGUAAACACAGAUCGGCAACUACUUUAUGGUGUGGUGUUUGGAAUCGGUGCCAUCCUCCUCAUCUUCCUCAUCUUCCUCAUCUUCCUCGUCCUCCUUGUCAUCAUCGUCUUGUUCACUAGGAGAUACAGGCAACAGACGAGAGACUUCAACACCACCUCCACCAACGAACUUGACAACACCUUCACCUCCAACAGAGACUUCAACACCACCUCCACCAACGAACUUGACAACACCUUCACCUCCAACAGAGACUUCAACACCUCCUCCACCAACAAACUUAACACCUUCACCUCCAACAGAGACUUCAACACCGCCUUCAAUUCCACCAACAAACUUAACACCUUCACCUCCAACAGCAAGACGAUCCACACCUGAAUUUCUUCCAGCAGCAACAACUGCACCAUCCACACUGCUCGUAAACACAGAAACAUCUACAGUUUCAACCACUCAGCCAACAAUGAGUGAUCCACUUGUGACCAAAUACCGACAUCUACUUUAUGGCUUGGUGUCUGGGAUAGGUACCGUCCUCCUCAUCAUCAUCAUCGUCUUGUCCUCUAGGAGAUACAAGUCCAACCGACGAGAUGGAUCGAGCCAAAAUAGUCCCUUUUAUGCCAACCUAAUCCAUAACCCUCCAGAAACGGGAAACAAUGCAGAGACACCUCCAACUGAUGAGCCACUAUAUUCUUCGAUUUGGAAACUCUAAGCCUGAAAUAAAUAAAUAAGGUACCUUGCAGGUGACGACCAUAUAUGCUCAACCGGGAAAAUGACAACCAUCUGGAAACCACAGUUAAAAAAAUAUUCACCUAAAUAUUUUGAUUCUGUCAGGUAAAAAACAGACUUCUGAGUCAUUUGGAGGAAAAUGUAGGUUUAAAAUGCUUAUUUCUCUGCGUUAG